AUAGCCUGUUCCAUGUUUGGGAUUGUUGUGAUGGGAGGCCGCAGCCAUCUUGGACCAGCGCCGCUUCACACCGAGCAGCAGCGCUGGAGGACAGACGACGUUAACGGCUGAGCCAGCGAGCUAACGUUAGCUGCAGGGACAGAUUAACCACAAUCUGGAGCGACUAUGCUUCAUAUAUGCUAUUUUUCUUCGUUAGCUGCCGCUUUGAGUGCAUAAAAAUGAGCGUAAACUGUGUUAAGUGUUUACCGUUAUAAACCCGGAGAGGGCGGCGGCAGUGCAGAUCUUCGGGAUAUAUUUUUAAAAACAUUUCUGAAUAGAGGAGUUACUAUGAAUGGAGGAUAAAUGUUGCCGAAGCUUGACAGCAGCAGUUUCGUCCUCUUCUCUCUUCUCUUCGUCCUCACGCUAACGGACCCACCACGGACAGGUCCACGGCUAGCUCUGGCAAGAUUAUUGUCAGAGCAGCGCUGCAGCCCUGGGCAGUUUGCCUGCCGCAGUGGGAAGAUGCAGUGUAUCCCAAUGUCCUGGCAGUGUGACGGCUGGACAGCAUGUGAGGACAAGAGUGACGAGAUGGACUGUCCCCCUAUUAAGGAGGAGAGGUUUCGUUUUGGCAAUGGAUAUGACCAGGUAGAAGACGUCAUUGGUGUGGCUCAGCCUGUGCGCUUCAACAAGAAAUGCCCCAGUGGGUGGCACCACUACGAGAAGACGGCCAGCUGUUACAAAGUGUAUCUGAGGAACGAGAAUUACUGGCAGGCUGUGGAUACUUGUCAGAAAGUCAACGGCUCAUUGGCUACGUUUGUCACCAACGAGGAGCUGCAGUUCAUACUGAAGAUCGAGGUGGAUUUUGAUGACAAAGUCUGUGAGCGCAGAGACCAGUGCAAGUUUUGGGUGGGCUACCAGUAUGUGAUCACCAAUCAGAACCACUCCCUCGAGGGCCGCUGGGAGGUAGCAUAUAAGGGAUCAAUGCAGGUGUUUCUGCCACCUGAGGGUCUGACCAAUUUUGGGGAGGCAUCUCCCACCCAGGACAACGUCUUCUGUGCCCAGCUGCAGCGCUUUCAGAUCAAAAGCAUGAAUGAACGAGGCCUGCACAGCUGGCACGCGGAGAACUGCUACAAGAAGUUCCCCUUCCUCUGCAAGAGAAGGCAAACGUGCGUGGAUAUAAAAGACAAUGUUGUAAACGAGGGCUACUACUUCACCCCUAAGGGGGACGACCCGUGUCUGAGCUGCACGUGUCAUGACGGUGAGCCUGAGAUGUGUGUAGCUGCGCUGUGUGAGCGUCCGCAGGGCUGCCAGCACUUCCGCAAGGAUCCCAAAGAGUGCUGCAAGUUCACCUGCCUCGACCCAGGAAACAGUCUGUUUGACUCGAUGGCCAGCGGGAUGAGACUGAUCGUCAGCUGCAUCUCGUCCUUUCUCAUCCUCUCUCUGCUGCUCUUCAUGGUGCACAGACUCCGUCAGCGGAGACGUGAACGCAUUGAAACUCUGAUUGGAGGAAACUUGCAUCACUUUAACCUUGGAAGACGAGUACCAGGCUUUGACUACGGCCCGGAUGUCUUUGGCACCGGCCUCACUCCCCUGCAUCUGUCUGAUGAUGGAGAGGGAGGCGCUUUCCAUUUCCAGGAGCCUCCUCCACCGUACGCAGCCUACAAAUACCCCGACAUCCAACACCCUGAUGACCCCCCUCCUCCGUAUGAGGCCUCCAUCAACCCAGACAGCCUCCUCUAUGUGGACCUUGGACACCGAGGGGUUUCCAUGGUGCCGAGCCAGAUGAACGCCAUGGGAGACAGGCUCCAGGCUGAUAUUCCCAACGCCUCUGGUCCAACGCCAGGCUCUGCGCCGUCCUCUCAGGAGAGGGAGGACUCCAUAGAUAGCAGCACCCUCCUGGUGGGGCCCGACACUCCGACAGAUGGCCCCGCCUCCGCCUCCAUGCCCACAGACUGUAUCUCCACCCUCAGCACCGUAGUAUAGGACUGUGGAUGGACGGCAGGGAGCUGUAUCCGGACAUUACCUGCUGGUGGAGGAAGGUCAUGAGUGCGUUCUGUGCAGGGAGACGACGCAGCUUGUCGUUUAUCAAAAUGCUGACUGCAGGCAGGAAAGGUUUACAGGCAUAUCAGAAGCAGCCUGUGUCUUUGAGGUGUUACAGCGAUGCGAGGAUGCCCUCUUUCGGAAGACUCUUCUGCAGUUGGCCUUAGUGUUGUUGUUUUUUUAAGACACUGGCAUCUGAGGGAGCAGAGACAGGACUGUGUCGGUACAGAGAAGAAGAAAAAACACUACAUUUGAGCAAACAUCUCAGAGUUGGCCUGAUUGAUCGAGAAGCCCUGAUGUAAAUACCCUCUCAGGUCUGUGCCGGUCAAAUUUGUUAUACUUGUGUGUCCCAGUCCGACACAAGGUGAAGAAUGACCAAUGGGCAGUGAAGCCAGCUAUAGAUCCUUGUGCGUUUUUGUUUGCAUCAUACUGUCGUUCAAACGGACGUAUCUCAAUUGAGCUGUCAGGCUUAACGAUAAAGUUCUCAUCAGCACCGUCUGUCACGACAUGUCCCAGAUCUCGAUUUCUACUCGCUCAUAAAAAUCUACUGUCCCCUCACUUUAUUAGUCUGAAACAUGAAGCUGUCUUCCAGGUUUAUAGCGCAAAUUUGCAGCAAAAGAUCUUUUGUAAUAAAGAGGUUUAACCUUGCAAGAAGGUACGGUUAGUUUCCUGCUAUAGGGUUUUUAUUAGGUCAUGCUGACAAGGCAUUAUGUAUCAAGGAAUGUUGUGGGUACUGAUAAAUAUCUGAGUUUGGUAUUGUGUUCUUUUUGAUGAUAAUUUGAGUGCAGGCUGUAAUCUUUAUUGUUAUAUUGUGGGAUACACACAGUCUGAACUCCCCGCUGAAGCUUUUCAAGUGCAUGUGUGAAGAUUAGGGAUGAUGUCCCUUCAUUGAAUUUGAGACAAGUCAGUUUAUCUAAAAUAACUGUUCCAAUCAUGAAGUCAUUUAAUAAUGCAGAAGGUCCCAUUGUUGUUACUUUUAUCAUCAACUCUUUGCAGGAUAGUCGUGUUUUUGCUAAUUGAACUAUGUUUAGUGACUCAAAGCUCAACGUUCUUGCACGCUCAUCUCUCGAUUAAAUCAAGUUUUGUUUUUACGUUUAUUUUUUUAAGUUGUCACAUUUUGAAUGCUGACCCCACCCCCACCCCCGUUCCCGAUUUGUUUUGUAUGUGCGAUUCUUCACGCGAUACACCAGUUAUCUCAGUUAGUGGUUGAAGAUGAGGUCACUGACUGUAGCUGCAAGUCGUUUUCUGUUUGGUGUUGAUGGGUCUGUUACUCGCAUUUAAAAAGACGAAGAAGAAAAGUAUAAACUUGUUAGACCCUUGUUAUGAUGACAAUCGUUUGAUUUUCUCAAGGAUGAAUUUUUGCAGAGCCUGAAGAAGUUAGAUCGGUCGACCCACAGCCACCAGCAUUCAAACCACUUUUGAUCUGACUCAAGAAAACCAGCUGUAAAUGUGUGUCUGAAUGUAUAAAACAUCUUUAUUUUGUGCUGAAGCUUAUUUUCCCCAUUUAUAAUUUUAUUUUUUGGCAUAGACAAUCCACAGUGGAUUAUCCAACAAACAAAAUGUCAUGGAGGGGAAAAAAAGUACUGUGUGCAUGUGUGUGUGUGUGUGUGUGUCUAGGAGAUGGUUAAUUUUAUUUUUUCCCCCCAUCAAGUUUGUUUGGUUUUAUUUUUCAACCUGCUUUUUAGUGCAUGUUUUUUUUGUUUGUUUUUUUUCUUUUGGCAUGCUGAGAGAUUAUUCUUUUGAUAUAAACAUUUUUAGCGCAACAGUCGGUCCUGUACAGUAGGCUCGCAUAUAAUUUCACAUCUCCGUAUGAAUCAAAAAACCUGCCCAUGAACCCAACAGCUGCAUUUACACUGUAGUUUCUGUGCUAGACUAUGGUGGCGUGAUAACUAAUUUUACUGGAUUUGAAAUGUUUUAUGUAUAAUACAAAAAAUUCUUCAUUUCAUGUCUUUUAUUUCAUAGCCUUUACAUUUAAAAAAAGAAGCUUAAUUUGCAGGGGGGCGGAGGCUUGUGUUUUUUUGAGGUAGAUGUACAUCUAAUCAAAUGCCAAAUAAAUUGCACCAUGAUGGAA